AUGGAAAAGGAUGUUUCCAGCGUAAGCAAACAUAAUGCCACCAAGACAGAUCUGAGUUUGUUGCUGGAGUGUCUGAAGUACCAGAUGAGAUGUCCUGAUUCACAGAAACAAGCUCUUCUUACCAUCUACUCUAUCUGUCAACAGAGAGAGGAGAAUGUGAACUUCUUCAGAGAGAUUGGAGGGGUGGUGUUUGUGUACAACCUCUCCAAAUCUAGUGCUCACGCAGAGGUCAGGGAGACUGCUCUCUUCAUACUGGGAAUGCUGGCAGAGGCAAAUGUGUACUGUAAGCAGGCCUUGUGUAGGAGGGAGCUGUUCAGUGAUCUGACAGAUGGUCUGAUGCAGCAGGACAGCCCACUGACCCAGAGGAGAGUAGCUGUCUACCUGAUCUCUGUCCUCGUUGCCAACAACAGGUCUGGACAGAUUUUCGCUCAGACCACUGGCUGUCUGGACAUCCUGCUAGACUUGUUCAGGACUAGUUUCCCUCUCUCUGGCAAGGCCACAGUGAAACCUGCGAACAUCACUCAGCUGUUCCAACUCUGGACCUCUGUGUCUAGUGCUCUCUGUGGCUGUGUCAACAACCCCCAGAAUGAGGAGAGCCAGCGUAUCUGUGUGUCAGCCUUCCCCCUGGUCAAGUCCUGGCUGCAGCAGCUCUCUCAUCCCCAGGCAGAGAUGGUUCAGCCCAUCUGCUCCUUCAUAGCCAUGACGGUCGCCAACAACCAUUGUGCUCAGGAGAGUUUUUCCAUAGUUGGCGGGCUCGGAACUCUGACCCAAACUCUGAUUCGCUUUGCCUCUGAUGCCUCCCACAGCCCAUUGGCCUGUCAGCUGUCUGUCAUCAUGACCAAAACCGUGUCAGCCUGCAUCACUGACAACCCUGUGUUGGUGUCAGGUCUGGCAGGUUAUGGUUUGGUUCCCCCGCUCAUCUCCCUGCUGUCCAGCCCCAUCCUGGAUCCCCAAGGCAGGCUAAUUAUCAUACUCACCCUGGGACACUGCACUGAGGCCUCUGAGGAGCACCAGUCUCAGUUGUUACAGUGUGGAGGGCUGUCCCUCAUCAUCACUCUACUGACUGAGUCUACCAGCGAAGAGCUCAGGAAGGCUGCUACCUUCAUACUGCAGACCUGCAAACAGGCUAGUGAGUCUGUGUCUCUGCGUGGUGCAGUCCAGGGAAUGUCCCUGGGUCAGACUGGGGAGCUGGAGCCCCCUGUGGACAUGGAGCGGUACUGGAGGUCAGCACGAGACAUGCUGCACAGGAUCAACCAGCUGGAGAGACAACAGACUCAGGGAGCUGAGGAAGAGUGGGAGGAGGACACACCGAACCCCCCAGACCAACAGAACCCUGCAGGAUUGGGGAGGAAAGAGCUACUCUCACCCAUACCUCUCCCCCCAACACCUCACCACACCUCUUUACCAUACCAGGAGAGGAGAGGAGGAGGAGAGAAGAGGUGUGAGGAGAGUUGGAGAGGAGUAGAGCGGAGGGACCAACAGAGAAGAUAUGGAAAGGGAGGAGAGAAAGGAGAGGAGAGGAGAAAGGCAAAACCACACAGACCGAGAACCGCCGAGACGAGCACCCUGGGAGGAGACGGCAGACUGUGUCAGCCGCGGGCCAUGCUGGACUUGGUACAGCUGGUGUCCCGGGGCAGCCCAGUGGUGGAGAGGAUGAGAGGUGUUCUCCAAGUGUUCAAGUGCCCAGCUCCAGGCAAGCCAGGUUUGGGCAGGCAGAAGAAACUGUUGGACGAUGAAGGCUGUAGGUUGCGGUUCAGUGAGGUGACCAGCCGGUCAUUCCCUGUCCUCCAGAGGUCCUGUCCUCACAGCUGUGACCUGCACAUGGUGCUGCAGCAGGCCACACACAGCUACACAAAGUACCUCCGAGAAAUACGCAGGAGGAGAGACGCACACACGACCAAGCAGAGAGAGGGAGGGACGCAGAGCGUCUCGGAUCACUGCAGGGGAACCCUGCUGAAGAGCUUCUCAACCCACAGAGGACAACACAGAAAUGACCACAACGAUGUGAGUCUCACCCCUCUAAAGAAGCGUAGUCCAUAUGGAGAUAUCACCCUGACUCCUGUGCGUAGAGGUGGUCUGAUGAGGAGCGUCUCCUCUGUGACCAGCAGGAGGCAGGAGAGAGGAGAUGUUAGUCUCACUCCCUUGAAGAAGGCUCGUCCCUCUGAAGGACGAGGAGCGUUACCUGUGUCGAGGUUUGGUCUAUCCUGGAACACCAUCCUGUGGUCCUAUCCCUUCCAGCCGGGGCGCACCAAUGUAGAUCUUGCCAAGACAUACAAACACCUGCAGGCUAAAUUCCAGGGUAUGGAUUCAACCUCUCCCUGAGAUCUGAGAAGAACACACUGAUUUGUCUAUUGUACAUCACAGUAAUAUAUUUGAAAUACUCUAAUUUAAUAUUCAGU